GUUUUCUGUUUAUUCUCGGUCACUUGACGAGACCUGAAGAUCUGAAAAUCAGCCAACAUUUUGACAUUUUCUGUUCUUUUUUUACUCAGUUCUGUACGAGGGCAAGAUGACAGAUGAAUGCAUCACAAUAGAGUCGGACCUCAGUGAGUUAGAUGAGGACAUGGAAGAACUGGCAGCACCUGAGUUUACGUGUCACUGUUGCUAUGAUGUCCUCGUAGAUCCUACCACACUUAACUGUGGCCAUAGUUUCUGUCGUCAUUGUCUGGCAGAAUGGUUACAUUCCUCUCAGCGGAACAAGUGUCCAGAAUGCAGAGAGAGAUGGCAGGGUUUUCCCAGAAUCAACAUCCUCCUCCGGGAUGCAGUGGAGAAGACGUUUCCGGCUAAGAUAAGCAGACGGAGGAGGGCUCUCCAGAGUGACAAGCGUUUCCAUUAUUUUAUCCAGAUAUUCCAACAGUAUGGACAAGUACUGAAACAACAAAUCCCUGUAUCUGAAGGCCUACAGGAAGCUAUACAAACCAGCUUUUGUUCUGGAGUCAUUAUGGCAUUGAUCUUCAUGGGGGUUGUAUUGUUGCGAUAUCACUGGAUGAGUGCUGAUUCCGACAUCUUGGUCCAAAGGCCAAUCAACAGGUGGAAACCCCAUGAUGUCAUUCUGUGGGUGGAGCAUCUGGGUCCCUGGACCAAUCAGUACAGAGAAAUGUUCCAGAGAGCACAAAUUAAUGGCAGUUUGUUAGCUCAUCUCAGAGACGAAGACCUGUCCGCUGCUCCAUUCAAUGUUAAUAAUCCAUCACACAGACAGGUCAUACUGGAGGAAAUCCAGAAAAUCAAAGAGCUCAAAGUCAAACAACCACAAAACCUCUGGGAGUACAAGGCUGCAAAUUUAGGAAAAUCACUGUUUCUCCAGUUUGGUCUGAGAGAAUUUCCACGUCUCACUUUUCUCUACUUGUACCUGUUUGAUUAUGAAGAAACCUUUUUACCCUUCAUACACACUUGCUGUCCUGCACGUAUAACUAAAGCAAUGGAGGACAUCCCACCUGACAACAUGCUGCAGGAGCCAAGCCAACAUCAGUGGGUGAACUUUCGCUUGAAGGUUUGUCUGAUGCCCUAUCUGCUACUGAUCGACUUUGCUUGGCAAUGGCUGAGCGUUCAUUACUGGAUAUCAUGGAUUGUCAUUGGAAAUGCCAUGGUAAUGACAGUAAUGGAGUAUAUUUAUGUCUGGACACUGUGGAGAAGACGACAGAUGAGUACUCUUCCUAAGAUGAUUCUGCAGAAGACGUUCAAUAUGUUCUUCGUUGUGCUGCUGUGGCCUCUGAUGCCUCAGUUCUUUUGUGACUUUGAAUUCUACUGUGGACUCUUUUUCAGCUCAUUCAUUUAUAUCGGUGUUCGGAAAUCUUUUUUUAACCUUGCAUAGCAAUAAAGACCAAACAUUUUAGGAUUUUUUUUUUUUUUUAAGAGUCAGCUAAUUUUACAUACUACGGUACAAUAGCUAUUUCAUUACAAAAUACAUAAGCAUAAUUUUCUUUUAAUGAAAUAGCUUAUUUUACAUAAAUAUUAUUAUGAUUUGUGGUCAGAUUUACUAUACUGAAAGAUAAUUAUUGUUAAAAAGAAAAAGUAUAUUAUGGAAUAUUCUUAUGAAAUGUGAUUACAUUACAAGUUUCCACAGUUUUCCUAAGUAAUGAAUUCAUUUCUCAUUCAAUAAUCAUUAUUGUGUGGUUGAGUAAUUUGAUUAAUACUCAUGAUUUCUGUAUUUUUACUAUCAUUGCUGGAGUUUCUGUAUUUACUAAUUUGUGAGACCCCAUUCACAAAAAUGCUGUUGUCCCUUUUUAUUUAUCAUAUUUAUCAUAACAAGUACAUUGUACUGGUAGUUUCUCCUGACAGCUAUACUAUUCUCACAUUUAUAACGUGUCGAUUUUAUAAAAUAGUACUAGAAGUAACUAUGUUUUAGUGUGUGGCCAUCUCUCUAUUAUGACUUUACUGUCAAGGAAAAUUUU